AUGGAUCGAUCGAGCUAUAAGAAGAGUAACGACGGCCCUGGUGGCCUGUCCCUAUCCGUAUUCCCAGAACCACCACUCCACGGCGGCAAACCCCAUCGACUUCUACGUCUGAAGAGGGUCUUCUCCACGCUUCUGGCCAUGGUUUUCACUGCCUACCUGUUGGCAUCUUGCCUCUACCUUCUCCCGGCCUUCUCUGCUUCCAUUCGCUACAGGGAUGAGGCCCCGGUGGUGGCUGUCAAGAAUGGCUCCUAUGCCGGCAUCCACAGUGCUGAAUACAAUCAGGACUUCUUCCUCGGAAUUCCCUAUGCAAAGGCUCCUGAACGGUUCACCAUCUCUGAGAGCCUAAACUCCGCAUGGGAUGGCACUCGUUCUGCCACUGAGUACCCUCCACACUGCAUUGGCUACGGCGGUGACAUGAUCGGGUAUCAGCAGUCGGAAGAUUGUCUGUACCUUAACGUCAUCCGGCCAGCUGGUUCAUCUCCUGACGCACAGCUGCCCGUCGCGGUCUGGAUUCACGGAGGCGGUUUAUACAUGGGUGGCUCCGCUGAUAGACGCUACAACCUCUCUUUCAUCGUCGAGAACAGUGUCAAGCAGGGUACUCCAGUCAUCGGCGUAAGCUUGAACUAUCGCCUCUCCGUAUUCGGUUUUCCCGGCGGCAAAGAAGCCGUAGAUGCUAGCGCCACCAACCUGGGUUUCCGUGAUCAACGAUUGGCUUUGCACUGGGUGAAUGAGAACAUCGCGAGCUUUGGCGGAGCUUCAGAUAAGGUCACCAUCUUUGGCGAGAGUUCCGGUGCUGAGAGCGUUUCCGCCCAGGUCUUGGCUUACAACGGGCGAGACGAUGGCCUCUUUAGAGGCGCCAUUGCUGAGUCCGGGUUCGGCGGCGUUAUCCCUCGGUGGGCAGGCGGCUUCAACAACACAGAUGCGUAUCAAGCCAGCUGGGACAACCUUGUGACCAACAUUUCAUCUUGUGCCUCCACCGUCGGGACUCAGGAGUCACUUGAGUGUCUUCGCACCGCCUCCCUUGAAGAUUUCAACGCUGUCUUGAACGUUACGGCAUUCCCUUUUCCGCCUGUGCUUGAUGGCGACUUCAUUGCGGACUACGCCUCCAGCCAGCUUGAACGUGGCGACUUUGUCAAGGUUCCCAUUCUCAUCGGCUGCAACACAGACGAGGGCUCUGCCUUCGGACAGGGUCGUGGGCCCAAUGGCGGAACAGUAAACACAGAUGACGACUUCCGAUAUGCAGUUGGCACCUUCAUCCCUGGCGGUGUCCAGGAGACUACCGGCCAGUCGGCCGAUGAGCUGGUUGAGGAAGUCUUGAAACUUUACCCCAACGACCAAGCCCAAGGUAUCCCCAGCCUGCAAACGUGGCCACACAUCAUUGAACCUGGUGAGGAAAUUGCUGUGUUGCGGGGCUUGCAGCAACGCCGCACCGGGGCGUUCUUUGGAGAUUUGACCUUCCAGUUCACGAGGAGGAGGGCCAACAUCUUCUGGUCCACACACAAUGUGCCUUCGUAUGCCUAUCGCUUCGAUGUCACGGUCAAUGGGAACCCGCCUUUCAUCGGCUCUACUCAUUUUGUAGAGGUCGCUUUUGUAUUCUACAACCUCAAUGGCGACGGCUAUGAUGUAAACCCAUUCGGUGGCAAUGACACCGCGUACACUGAAAAGGCCACAAGUCUUGCCAAGACAAUGAACUCGGCCUGGAUCAAUUUCUUCGCUGGCCUUGAUCCCAAUGGCGCCCCUGAGCUAGUUUCUUGGCCUAUCUACGAGACCGCCAGUGGCUCUGGGAGCGACCUCGUCUUCGGAAUUAAUGGAACCGAGGUCGAGACGGAUGACUGGAGAAAAGAGGGCAUGGACUGGCUGAUCGAGCAUGGCCUCACUGUCUACGGAAAUUAG